CGAUGGGAGGCCUCGCUCGCUAACGCUAGUUACAUAUUGUUGGCUGAAUAAAGAAAGCGAAAGGAAGCCGGAUCUAAAGACAGAAAGGAGCAAGAGACAGACUGCACACAGAAUGAGCUCAUCUGCUCCCAGGAUGGUGAACAACUACAAGCGGACUUCCAGCCCUCGGUCUCCUACGAACAGUGGGGAGCUCUUCACUCCAGCGCAUGAGGAGAAUGUGCGUUUCAUCCACGACACCUGGCAGUGUGUGCUCAGAGACAUCCGGUCACCACAGAGCAGCGAACGCAAAGACCGUGGACCACAGGAGUAUGUGGAAAAGAACCCAAAUCCCAACUUAAAUUCUUUCACACCAGUUGACCUGAGUGACCUCAAGAAACGUAACACACAGGACUCCAAGAAGUCCUAGUCUUUCUCUUUAUAGUCAACAGCUUUUUUUCUGCACCAAUUAUCCUUGAGAACUUUCUCCUCCUCUGUCAGCCAGCAAGUCAACCUUUUGGCCAUUCCUGCCCAGAAUUCCAGUUCUCUUUCUGCCCACCUGGACUAACAGCUUGCCCAUUCAACAGCAGUGGACUGAUGUCCUAACAACCACAACAUUUUUGGAGUUCCUUAUCCAACCCAGUCCCCCCUCCCCCUCUCUUUCUCUGUCCAGGCUCAAUAUUUUCUUACCCUACCUCUCAUCUGGUUGACGUGGAAUGCAAGAAAGCUGGCAUUUGAGUUCCAGGGAUUCUCUCUUACGGUUCUUGGUUUUACAGCCAUGAAUUUUCCAUUUUCACUCUUUUUUUUUAUGUGAAUGGGAUUGAUGCAGAGUUUCAAUGAAAUAUGCUGACAUCCUGAUGCCGAAGUACAGAUGGUGUAAAAAUUCUUCAUGGGACACUUUAAAGGACUGCAGUCUUAAAUAUUACGUUUUCUUUUCAAUCUACAAAGGAUAACACUGAAGGGCUGACAUUCUUUUUUUGGAAGAUAUUUGAAUUGUAGAUAUAUUGAAAUGGAAACUGAUUGUACGGGUGAGUUUUGGAAGACAAAAAUUCUUUAGGAUAAAUGCCAACAUUUUUCAUAUAAAUUCAUGCCCCUAAAAUGGACUUCAAGUAGACAUCGCCACAUUGACUUCCAAGCCUUGAAAAAAAAAUAUUGAAUAAAAUACUUUUACGGUA